AAAGAGCAGAAACAUACAAAGCAUCCGCAACUAACAACCCAUAAAUAUUCACUGUAAUGGGGAAAGUUCGAAUCUUCAACUAGACAAAAUCAAAAGCUUUGCAUCAAAUACUGUUCUAAGCGUCUGCGAGUUCACUUUUUAUUUGUUGUGGGAAAAAUAGUUCAAUCUCUUGUUCUGUCUGUUUCUGUUGUGCUGCGAAGGAACCAUAAUUAAUAGGCAAAUAGCAAAAGGCAAGAUGAUUAGAGGAUCACCAACUGUAAAUUCAACAGCGACAAGUACCAGUUUGAGCCACAGCACCCACUUCAAAUUCAGCUCCCAUCGCAAAUUCAUCGCUCUCUCGUCUACCAAGUCUAAGACCAAUUGCAAAACUUGGAAAUCCAUAUCUGUGAGAGCCUCCAGCAACGAGAAAGACAAUGAAACAGAAUAUAACGAAGCCUCAAGAACGCAAAAACAAUCCCUAAGUUUGGAGGACGUGAACCCGGUGGGUCUAGGGAGGAAGUCCAGGCAGAUAUUCGACGAGGUGUGGAGGAAGUUCUCUGGGUUGGGCCAGAUAUCCAGGACUACUCGUGCCGAUGACAAGGAGGCUUUUGAUGCGUUGCUCAUAAGGGAGGGCCCCAUGUGCGAGUUUGCCAUCCCUGGUGCUCAGAAUACCACUGUCCUUGUUGUUGGAGGCACCAGCCGUAUUGGUCGCAUUGUUGUUAGAAAGCUUAUGCUCAGGGGUUACACUGUCAAGGCUUUGGUAAGAAAGGCUGAUCAGGAAGUGAUUGACUCGCUCCCUAGGUUAGUAGAGAUUGUGAUUGGGGACGUGGGCGAUCCCUCCACCCUUAAGGCUGCUGUGGAGGGCUGCAACAAAAUUAUCUAUUGUGCCACUGCUCGUUCUGCCAUCACCGGCGAUCUCUUCAGAGUUGAUCAUCAAGGGGUUUCCAACCUCACCAAAGCGUUUCAGGACUAUAACAACAAACUAGCACAACUUAGAGCAGGAAAAAGCAGCAAAAGCAAACUUCUGCUUGCAAAGUUCAAAUCUCCAAAUUCACUGAAUGGGUGGGAAAUCCGUAAAGGAACUUAUUUCCAAGAUGCAGUUGCUUCGAAGUAUGAUGCAGGAAUGGAUGCUAAAUUUGAGUUCACGGAGACUGGUGAUGCAGUUUUCUCAGGUUAUGUUUUCACCAGAGGAGGGUAUGUCGAACUGUCAAAAAAGCUCUCUCUUCCUCUGGGUUACACUCUCGACAGGUAUGAGGGUCUGGUGCUCUCUGUUGGAGGAAAUGGAAGAUCCUAUGUUUUAAUUCUUGAAGCUGGACCUUCAGCUGAUACAACUCAAAGCAAAUUUUAUUUUGCAAGGAUUAGCACAAAAGUAGGAUAUUGUAGGGUCAGAGUGCCAUUUUCAUCCUUCCGCCCUGUUAAACCAGAUGAUCCACUAUUAGACCCAUUCCUUGUACACACAUUGACCUUACGCUUUGAGCCUCGAAGACAGAGACCUGUUGAAGGGCCUGCAGGAACAAAGCAAGAUCUGAGAAGCUUUAAGCUAAUUUUGGAAUAUAUAAAAGCUUUGCCUACUGGGCAAGAAACAGACUUUGUCUUAGUCUCAUGUACAGGAUUGGGGGUGGAACCUAACAGAAGGGAGCAAGUUCUGAAAGCCAAGAGGGCUGGGGAAGACUUGUUGAGACGGUCAGGCCUUGGAUACACAAUCAUUCGUCCUGGUCCUCUAAAGGAAGAGCCUGGUGGUCAAUGCGCACUCAUAUUUGACCAAGGAAACAGGAUUUCUCAGAGCAUUAGCUGUGCCGAUGUGGCCGAUAUCUGUGUGAAGGCGUUGCACGAUUCAACGGCAAGAAACAAAAGCUUUGAUGUUUGUUAUGAAUACGUUGCUGAGCAAGGGAGGGAGCUCUAUGAGCUGGUAGCACAUCUGCCUGACAAAGCUAACAACUAUUUGACACCUGCAUUAUCUGUUUUAGAGAAAAACACUUGACUGCCGAGCACCUGCUUUUUCACCAAGAAACACCGCUGAGUUAUUAGUUUGUAAGAAAACACAACAAAAAGUGGGGAAAAAAAAUGAAACAUAUAUUUUGUUUUUGUAUUGUAAAUUUGUGAUCGUCGGCUGUGGUUGUAUAUGGCUCAAAGUGUUUUUGUAUAUUAAUGUGUGGAUAACAAGUUUUCAGCAUUUUUUAUGUGGAUAUUGUGAAGUAGGGUACUACUUCUGUAGAUAA